CUGGAUGAGCAAUCGAAUCAAUACGAAGACGAGCGGAGCGUUUUCAUUCCAAAAUGCAUUUUUCUAUCUUCAAUGGCCUGAUGACCCUUGGGUCACGUCCAGUAAAACACAGCCAGAAGCAGGUCUAAUAACUUUGAGGAAAACUCGAAGAAGAUCAAAACUUCAUCCCCAUAAACAACGCUCAAAAUAUAUCUGUAAACCACGCGAAGUUAUUGAAGCUGGUAAUCACUUUGUUUGGGAAUUUUUAACUGGUCGUGGUACUUUGAAUGUACCUCCAGAUGCUGCAAUAUUACAUCAUUAUCGAGUCUGUGAAUUUGGUGGAGAUGAUUGCAUAAAAACACCAUCAGUCAUUGACAGAACAGCUUACAAAUAUCGCGAAAAGCUGUCAGAAGUUGUUGAUAAAACAUGGGGGGAAAUUGGAGUGAAUUGUGCUCUACCAGAGCUCGAACCAGUGCCAGUUUUAUCGCCACUUGUACCGAGUAGUCCAGAUCACAUUCCAACGAGGUAGCAGAUAAAUUGGUUCUGCAAUAGCAUUUUUCAAGCUUUGACAAUUUCAUACUUCAACUUGUGGAAGAGAGUGACAAAAGGAGAAAAACUAGAGUUAUGAUUUUUCAUUUUCAUUACAUUUGCA